AUGCCGGACGAGGCCGUGAGUGAGUUCCUCGCGGUCGCCGAUGUCCUCGGAGUCAGCCCUGGCUCCUCCCGCGACGCCGUGCGCAAGCGUUACUACGAUUUGGCGAUGCAACUACACCCGGACAUGUCUGGUGGCGCCGAGGGCGGCGCAGCCUCGCACGAGGCCUUUGUCGAGCUGCACGCGGCGUUUGAGCAGCUCAUGCGCGAGACUCCCACUGCGGCAGCCUCUCAGGCGGCUCCAACUGCAGCCAGCACCGCAGCCCGGGGCGGUGGCGCCGGUCCGUGGGCGCGGCAGUCGGCGGCGAGUGCGAAGCCGUUUGAGCCGAGGCGUGCGACGCUCGCCGAAGUUCUCGUGCGGCGGCUUGACGACGAGCCGGCUUCGCUCGACGAGGUGUGGGCCGAGCUCGCAGCGCGGCGCUUGCCCAUCAGCCCUUCUGCCGCAGACUCGCUCUUCCGCGCGUGUUCGAGGGCUCGCGGCGCGGGCGGCAUGGCGGCGGCAUUGCACCUGCUGCGAGAGGCAGACGCGCUGGGCACCCUCGACUCGCGACCUUCCGCGCUCUGCUCGCUUCUCAGCUGGUGCAAGGAGGACGAUCUCGACGCCACCUUUGACGUCUGCAACGAGGUGCGCGAGGAGGACAAGACGCCCGAGGUCCUCCACGCGCUGUCGGCAACCUUCACCUACUAUUCCGGGGUGGGCGGGUCAAUAGUUUUGAGAAAGUAAGCAUUGGAUCCCGGUGGGUGCCGGGCUACUGGGAGGUGGGAGCCCGAAUUUUGUUGGUGUAGGUAGGUAGGUAGAAGGUGAAGAACAGCCGGUGU